AUGGCUCCAGAGGGGGCGACGGCCGAAAAGCGGCAGUCGUACGCCGGUCAGCCGGACGAGGACGGGGCCAAGGACGUCCUGUCGCUCGGGGAUGUCGACCCGGCGCUCGACAAGAAGAUGCGCCUGGUCAACGACGCAAUCGACGAGAUUGGAUGGACCCCCUACCAUCUCAAGCUCUUUUUCCUCAACGGAUUCGGGUACUCGGUCGACUCCAUGAUCCUCCUCUUCCAGGCCAUCGUUGCCGACCAGGCCUUUCUGGAGUUCGGAAAGCGAGGCUACAGCCACGCCCUCACCGUGGCCGUCUACUGCGGCAUGCUCGCGGGCGCCGUCUUCUGGGGCUGCACGGCGGACCUGCUGGGGCGCAAAUACGCCUUCAACGUGACGCUCUUCCUGUGCGCCGUCUCGUGCAUCGUGGCCGGGGCCGUGACCGGCUGGCCGGCGCUCGGGGGCCUCAUCGCUCUGCUCGGCUUCUUCGGCGGCGGGAACCUCAUACUCGACACGACCGUCUUCCUCGAGUUCCUGCCAGGCAGCAAGCAGUGGGUGCUGACGAUGCUGGCCUGCUGGUGGGGGCUCGGUCAGGCCGUGGCCGGCCUCAUCGGAUGGGUGUUUCUGGUGCCGAAGCCGUGGAACUGCAGCGACGACGAGGCGGCAACGUGCUCGGCCUUCAAGAACCGCGGCUGGCGAUACGUGCUCUUUACGGGCGGCGGCCUCGUCUUCGUGCUCUCACUGCUACGCAUGGCGAUAAUCCGGCUCCGCGAGACGCCCAAGUACCUGCUCAGCAUGGGCCGCGACGCCGAGCUCGUCGAGACGCUCCAGUUUCUCGCCCUCAAGUACGGCCGCCCGUGCUCCCUGACGCUCGGCCAGCUCGAGGCGUGCGGCCCCAUGCGGCCCCGGGCGCGAAACAGGCGACGCUGCGUGCUGGCGGGCGCGUGGCGGCACCUAAGCGGCCUCUUUUCCACGCGGGUCAUGGCGCGGUCGACGCUGAUGCUGUGGCUGUCAUGGACGCUCAUCGGCCUCGCCUAUCCGCUGUUUUACGUCUUUUUGCCGGAGUACCUGAAGCGACGAGGCCUCGAGUCUGGCGGCGGCAAGCAGGACGUGUGGCGCAACUACGCGGUGACGGCGGCGUGCGGGAUCCCCGGGCUGACCAUGGCGGCGGGGGCGCUGGCGACGGGCGUCUUCUUCGUGGCGUACACGCAGGUCAAGUCGGCGGGCGAGGAAACGGCCAUGAUGUGCCUGGUGGCGUGCCUGAUCAACGUCUACUACGGGACGCUCUACGCCUACACGGCCGAGGUGCUGCCCAGCGCGCACCGGGCGACGGGCAACGGGGUGGCGGUGGCGUGCAACCGCGUCAUGGGCAUCGCGUCGGCGCUGGUGGCGACGUUUGCCGACACGGCGACGCCGGCGCCGCUGUACGUGUGCGCGGCGCUGAUGGUGGCGGCGGCCGUGGUGGCGGCCUUGUUCCCGCUGGAGCCGUAUGGGCGGCGGAGCUCGUGA